CUAAGUAUCUCGAAGCCAAUUCGUCAAACGAUUCCUCGCGCUCGAAUUUUCUCCCUUCGAGUAUCCUGCCUAAAUCAGGCUCUUCACCUCACCGGCCGAAUCAUCAGCCUUUAUGCAUCGAUACCAACAUUUAUCGCCGCGCGCCUCUUUGGUCCUAUUAGUGAAAUUUUGCGAAAGGUAAUUCUUAAAUGGCCGAAGAGCCUGGCUGAUGCAGCCUGCCGGCUGGUGAUUAAACCACUCGAUGAAUGGAUUUCUUGCGAUUCCAAUGCUGCGGCUCUUGGAAAAUUUAUCGCUCCUGCUCCUUUGCAGAUGGAAAACCGCUUAUCUGUACUCUCAUCCUUGCAUAAUGGUGAUAGUGCUUAUUCUGCAGUUCUAUGCUCUUCGCAGCCAACUGUCGCUUUGCAGGAAAGAAGAAAACUUCGGCAGCUCGGCGUCUUGGAGCAACUAGAGCCAAACUUCGAGGAAAGGUGGGCCUAUUUUGCGGAUGGAAGAGAAUUUUUGAAUUUGGUCCAAAUAGUUUCAUCACCUAAAUAA